AUGGGCAGAUUUCGUCCGAGCAACAUCCUAGGCGAUCCGUUCGCUCUGGCGACCGUCUCCAUCUCUAUUCUGGCAUGGCUGAUCGCGUUCAUCUCGUCCGUCAUUGGCGAAGUCCAAACGGAUUUCUACCCCAACUUCUCGUGGUGGGCGAUCUGCUACAUGUUCUGUCUUAUUAUCGGUGUGACGAUAGUGUUUGGUACAGACACGGGCCAUGUUUACAACGUCGCGCUUGUUGGAUAUCUGGGUUGCGCUCUCGUCCUGACUUCAUUGAGCGCCAACAACGUCGUCUACAAGUCCAAGGGAUCCUUCCAAGCUGCCGGGGCUGGUUUCAUUCUUCUGUCAAUGGUGGAGGUCAUUUGGAUCUUCUACUUCGGCUCCUCGCCCCAGGCCACGCAACGCGGUUUCAUCGAUUCCUUUGCCCUCAACAAGGAACAGGCUGGCUCCUACCGCGGCAGCCGCCCGAUCUCGACGCGCCCGGAAACUAUGGUGACCAGCCAGACGCCCCAGAUGUACACGUCGGCCCAACUCAGCGGCUUCGAGACCUCGUCCCCCCUGUCUGGAUACCCCGGUGGUGCACCAGGCGCGGAGCGUAACUCGUCGCUGCCUCGCUUCGGUGCCAUGCCUACCAGCCCAGGCCCCAACAACGCUACGCAGGAGGCCAGCGAAGUGCCGCAGCCGACCGAAUACCCGUACCGCGCCAAGGCCAUCUACUCGUACGAUGCCAACCCGGAAGACGCCAACGAGAUCAGCUUCGCCAAGCACGAGAUUCUCGAGGUAUCCGACGUGAGCGGCCGAUGGUGGCAGGCCCGAAAGGCGAGCGGAGAUACCGGCAUUGCGCCCUCGAACUACCUGAUCCUCCUGUGA